CUUUAUUAUAUCUAUGUCCUUUGUUGGAAUGGAUAAUAAGGGGGUUUUAAGAGUUACAAGGAAUUGGCAACAGUUAAUUCUAUAAAAUAGGAACUCCAAAUUCAUGUAAGAUAUGUGGGAGGCCACACAGAUACGGAACCAUCUGGCCUCUAUCCUGUUUGGCUGUCUGAGAGCGCCAGACUAUGCAGAACACACAUUCAACUUUUAAACAUCCUCUUUGCAAUGUCUUCACUCAACGAUGUCGCACGCAGGUGUUAAUAUGGCAAUGUUCUUGGUUGCCUUGGCAAUUUGACAAAGUAAACUUGGAGUUUUAGCCCUUAAAAAGAAAUGUACAGGUGCUAAAACUUUUUAAAAAAGGAUUAGCUAUUUUGAGAUUCAAUAGAAUUUAACUAUUUUUAAAUGUCAAAGAAAAUCCAGAGUUCACUAAGAUGCAAUUAAGAAGUGAAAACACUUUCUUCCCACAUUGAACGGAAGUGGUUUUAUUUGCUCGAAAAGAGAUACUGACUUCAGGACCACUGUUUUAGCAAUAAGGAAACUACUCACAAGUAAAAAGUUCUGCUUUUUAAAAACCCUGGAAAUGCCAUUACUAAAAUUGAUCACGUACCUAUUUACUUUUGGUUUUUAGUAACUUCUAGGGUGUUUAAAAAAUAAAACCCACCCUCACAGGACAGGGAUUUUCCACCAGUGAAUAUAAACAUAUAGAAAGGAAUAUGCUCUAGAGUUGGCACUGUAUUCUCAAAGGGGAGUCCCUCAAUUAGUUUGGUCAGUUUUUCUUUGAAGUAAAUUUAGUCUCUUCCAAGGUAAUACUUUGAUAAAGACAACAAUUAUUUUUCCAUCCAAGUUCUAUCACACACUCUUCUUGGAGCUGUAGGAUGGCUGCCAGCGCAUGCUUCUUUUUUCAUAACCAGUAGGGGGAGAAAGAGUGCUUUUAUCGAGCAUUUGCAAGCAAAAGUUCUGGGAUUCAUCCUCACUGGUCUAGCCUAGGUCACAUCCCAGUAAUUUUUGCUGGGGGAAUGGAUUCUGCAGCUUGGCGUAAACCAAACUGAAUUGUUUCCAAAGUUACAAGGAGGACUAAGUUUCCCGAAAGCGCAAGGGCUUUGUGGAGGAGAUGUGAAUACUUUAAAAGCUGGAUAUUGGUAAGAAGCGGGAAGGGGACAAUGAAUCUUGAAUUCGUAUGUGCAAAAGUGAAAAUAUUGGAGUUUCCGAGUUUCAAGGUAAUGUAGAAGGUAAGCAAGCAGGCAUUGUCAGUAUCCUGAGGGACCAUGUCCAAGAACUUUACAGAACCCAAAGGCAGAGGAGAGAGCCAGGAACGCUGGUGUCCUGAGGAACAUGCGGCAGAGGCACUGCUCUUCCUGAACCCCUAGGGGCGCACCACUGAGAAGCAUCAAAAGCAGCUUCAGUUUGGCAGUCUGGAAAAGGAGAUCUUCCAGCUGAAAUCAAGACUUCAAAAAGUCCAGUGUUGAAGCAGUUCUGAAUUGAGAUCUUAUAAUCCCCAAGGACAUAGGCUAAUUCAAGCUGGCCACAAUGGAGAAUAGCACAGAAGUGACAGAGUUUAUCCUCUUGGGAUUAACAGAUGACCACAAUCUUCAGAUACUCCUCCUCCUGGCAUUUUUAUUCAUCUACCUCAUCACCCUGCGUGGGAAUGGGGGAAUGAUGGUGAUCAUCCACCCAGACUCCCAUCUCCACACUCCAAUGUACUUUUUCCUCAGUAACCUCUCCUUUGUAGACUUGGGUUACUCACCAGCUGUAGCCCCCAAAACAGUGGCUGCAUUGCAGUCAGGGGACAAGGCCAUCUCCUACAAUGGAUGUGCAGCUCAGUUCUUCUUCUUUGUGGGGUUUGCCACUGUUGAGUGCUACCUCCUGGCCUCCAUGGCCUAUGACCGCCAUGCAGCUGUAUGUAGGCCUCUUCAUUACACCACCACCAUGACAGCAAGUGUAUGUGCCCUCCUUGCUACUGGUUUCUAUGUCUCUGGCUUCCUCAAUGCCUCUAUCCACGCAGCAGGCACCUUCAGACUCUCCUUCUGUGGUUCUAAUGAGAUUAAUCAUUUCUUCUGUAACAUUCCCCCACUCCUGGCUCUCUCAUGCUCUGACACACGCAUCAGCAAGUUGGUGGUCUUCUUUGUGGUGGGCUUCAACGUCUUUUUCACCCUCCUGGUCAUCCUUAUUUCUUACUUCUUCAUAUGCAUCACCAUUCAAAGGAUGUGUUCUGCCGAAGGGCGGAAGAAAGUCUUCUCCACCUGUGCUUCCCAUCUCACUGCUGUGUCCAUCUUCUAUGGCACAAUCAUCUUCAUGUACUUACAGCCCAACUCCAGCCAGUCCGUGGACACAGACAAAAUAGCCUCUGUGUUUUACACAGUGGUGAUUUCCAUGCUGAAUCCCUUGAUCUACAGCCUUAGGAACAAAGAAGUGAAAAGUGCUCUCUGGAAAAUACUCAACAAACUUUACCCCCAAUAUUAAGUGUGAAUGGGAAGUAGGCAAGCAAUUAAGGGAUAAACUUUCUCUCACACCUAAAUGCCAUCAUGACUUUUAAUCUUUGGCUGGUUUCAGUUCUUUCUUCCCCAAGAACAGCGGUUACUUCUGCUAUUAGAAGAUGUAAAAAGCAGCACAUUUAAAAGUCUUACUUAGAAAGAUAAUCUUAUAUUUAGUGAACAACAACAUGGGACAGUUAAGCUUUUCUUGCUUUAGUUUCUUGACGUUGUUUAAAGCAGAAGAUUGAAGCAUACAACUGAAUGUACCAAAUUUUCCUCAUCCUAUUUUUAAUUGUAAGAAUUUUUCAUUCACUAUUAAACUUAGUGUGAAGAUUUCACCUUCAUUUUUAUCAACUGAACACGCAGUAUUUUUUUUAUUCCUUUGUUCUGUGAGUUUGAAAGUUGGACUUUCUGAGGUAGACAAAGGAUGUUUCAAUAUCUUAAAUGAUAUUUCAGAGAAAGUUGUAAUUUAAAGGACAGGGCACUAGAUCGAGUCAGGUAGCUGAAGAUUAAAUCUUUCCAACCCCCUACUCUCCCUUCUCUACCCACAUUCCUAUCCUACUCACUAGUCAUGUGCCUUUGUAAUUUCCAUUCCCUUUUGCUAAAGCGUUGGGGAAACAUUACACCCUGUUAUAUACAGAAAUAUGGAAAUGCUUUAAUAGAUGAAUUACUUAAACUUUAACCUGACUAAAUACAACUUCCUUCGGAGAGCCUACACUAUCUUCUAUGUUUCUUGUCUCUGUCUAACAUAAUUACUAAAAAUUCCAGAAGGUUUAGAGAAAAAAAGCAGUUUUCCCUAGAGCUAUGAAAAAAUAUAUUUGUUUUCUGAAUUAAAUGCUUGCAUUUCUUAGCACCCUUAAGUUUGGUGAAUCUAUUAUAAAGAUGUGUAAUAGC